GUUAAAAAACCCGAUCGUCCGCUGCUGUGUUUAUCAGUUUAUUUUGAGCCGCUGCCAAAUAACGACGCAUAACAAUUCAGUUGUGUAAUUUGGGCUGCAAUCGUCACUGGACUUUUCCACUGUUAUUCUACAGAUAAUUCUAAAAAAAAAAAGAUGGCACCACCUAGCAGCGUCCCGCAUGCGUUUUUCGAUAACGCAAACAGCAUCCCAAUGAUCGGUUUGGGAACCUGGGGGUCUCCACCAGGCCAAGUGACGCAAGCCGUCAAGGAUGCGAUCGAUAUCGGCUAUCGGCAUAUCGACUGUGCUCACGUGUACGAAAACGAGCACGAAGUAGGCGAUGGAAUCGCGGCUAAAAUCAAGGAAGGCGUGAUCAAGAGAGAGGACAUAUUCGUCACCAGUAAGCUGUGGAACACUUUCCACCGGCCUGAGCUGGUCGAAGGAGCGCUGCGUACGACGCUGAAAAAUCUUCAGCUAGAUUACUUGGAUCUGUACCUGAUUCACUGGCCAGUGGCAUACAAGGAAGGUGAUGGGCUGUUUCCCCUCGGUCCGGAUGGCAAGACUUUUAUCUUUUCCGACGCGGACUACGUGGACACGUGGAAGGCAAUGGAAAAGCUGGUCGACGCAGGGCUAGUUAAAAACAUUGGCCUAUCCAAUUUCAACUCGAAGCAAAUCCGACGGGUGCUGGACGUGGCUCGCAUUAAACCGGCUACCAACCAGAUCGAGAACCAUCCUUAUCUGCAGCAGUCCAAGCUGACAGCAUUUUGCGCCGAUAAUAACAUCAUCGUUACCGCUUACAGCCCGCUGGCGUCUCCUGCUAGACCAUGGGUGAAAGAGGGCGACGUUGUUCUGCUGGAGGAUAAAAAAUUGAAAGCGAUUGCGGAGAAGCAUGGCAAGGAACCGGCACAGGUGCUGAUCCGGUACCAGAUUCAGCUGGGUCACGUGGUGAUACCGAAAUCCGUCACCAAAUCACGAAUCGCUUCCAACUUCGACGUCUUUAGCUUCGAGCUGGACGCUGCCGAUAUGAAACAGUUGGCCGCUUUGGAGCGAAACGAACGCAUCUGUCCGGAGUUUGGAGCCUACGGUCAUCCGCAUCAUCCGUUCGAAAACGAUGAGUAGAAAUGCGGAAUGAUUUUUUUUUGUUCACGCUAGUUUGAUUAGAACGAACAAAUUGGCGAGAUUACACUUGCAUGUUGAGAAGUUGUUAUGCGCAAUUGUCACUGGAUUGCUUAGGUUAGGAAAAAUAUAUUCAUUCAUAGCUUGAAGUCGAGGUAGGCGUUAAAUUGGCUGUCAUUCUUGAAAACUGUUCUACCUAUCAACGCACAUAGGAGUAUUUGACCCAAAAAGUUGGCCAAAAGUCCGACAUACAAAAUACACGAUUUCCAUUAUUUUUAAUUGAUUUCAGUUGCAACAUACCCUCAUGCUAUCCCAGAACCCAUUGGUGUCUUCUCACAUGUUAUAUUUCAAAGUUAUUCCACAGUAAAUUGGUCAGUUUGAAAAAUACGUGCUACUGCUCCACAGUAAAUUGGUCAGUUUGAAAAAUACGUGCUACUGCUCGGGUGGCGUAAAAAAUUGAAAAAUUUUGUCAAAUAGUUUUCCUUUCUCACAGAACAUAAUCUACAAGAUAAGUUAAAUGUUUUGCAAUAUUUAAAACGUUGAAUGCAUAAAAUAAUCAUGGAUUGUUUACGAAAUAAGUGAUUGUGAAAACCGACCGCGAAAAAUCCAUAAUAUUGUGAAAUUAAUUAUAUGAUUCAGUAACCUUCCGCGCAAGUCCCGUCGAAGCUUUAUUCAAUGACAGAAAGGUCAAAGCUUUCUGAAAAUAUACGAAAAGAAAAAUCUUCCUCCGGGUUCCUCUUUUUUAUUUUAUUGACAUUUUAUUAAAUGAAGAUUCAUAUGGAAAUUUCUAAAUCUUUGUUUUAUAUCAUGUGUAAAAAGACACUAAAAAAAUGGAGUAAACGAAUUUAAAGUGAUAUUUCAUAUAUUGGGUGACGUUUUAAAUGGAUGUCACCUUUUUUGUGUUGAUUAUACGAAAAAAACACGUUUUUGAUAUAAAUCUAUCCAAUUACUACCAAAAUAGAGCAACUUGGACUUUUGGCCAGCUUUUUGGCUCAAAUACUCCUAUGUGCAACGAUGGAAAUGUUGACACUCGUGUUCUAAUUAUCUCGAGUAGAUAACUUAUUAUCUGCUCGAGAGUAAACAAUGAUCCUGAUUUAGACCUUUAUUGUAGCACUUCGAUUUGUUACAUGUACAUGCUGUUGAACAAUAUAUUGUGAAUCCCUACAAUUCUUCCAACCGAAAAUUAUAAUCCCAAGACAGAAGAUGUUCAUUGUUGCGUGUUUUCGUAUAUAAUCUUUUACUGAUUCAAACAGGUAAACUGCUUAUGUAUUUGUUGGGUUUCAUAACUGUUGUAAGAUUGAAUAGGAGAAAAGUUUAAUAAAAUUCUAUGCGAUUGCGACAAUUUUAAUUAGCAUUUUAUCGAAAGUUGAAUCAGAAUAUAUCUGAAAAAUUGACGAGUUUCUUGUUUUUCGAUAUUAGUACACUGUUUUUCUCGUUGCAAA